AUGGCUUCGAAUCCGGCCUUUCGACAAUCUGUUCGACCAUCACAACCCGUCAAGAAUGAUUUUGAGAAUGAGGAACUGCGUGUUCAAGUGAAUACCCUGCGCUACGAGCUAGAUAAUCUCAAACAAGAGCGAGACCUCACCGAAUUGCGACACGAGAAGGAGUUGCGCGAUCUGCAACUCCGCGCGGAUUCAGAUUUCAGGAAAGCCCAAGGCGCCGAAGCAGCCAGCAAUCGAGCCAACCAAAAAAGCGAAGCCCUAGCAAAGGAACUGAAAGAAUCCCAAGAAUCAGCACUUGGCGAGAAAGCCAGCUUUGAGCGACGUAUCCGAACCCUACAAGACCAAAAUCAGUCCCUACAAGAAGAGGCUACCGAAGUAGAGGCACAACGAGCUGACCAGGAAAGACAAUUCAAACGUCAAAUCACCGAACUCGACACGUUACGUAUCACAUUAGCCCAGACAUUACAAGACGUGCAACAGGACUUGCAAAAUGUGCAGAAUACACUCCAUUCUGCGAAUGCGCAGGUGGCGAGACUUAAGAAUGAUGUUGCGGCCCUGGAAGCUGAGAAUCUGCGUCUAAGGGCUGACGGUAAUGGGGGUGAAGAAUUGGUCGUUCUCAAAAGAGAACUUUCGGAACAGGUCGCACAUAUCAAAACCCUCGAAUCCACAAACCGCGAACAAACGACAGAGCUCCGCCAUCUGCGCAAAGUCCAGAAAAAUGUUGAAGUGGUCGAGGAACAGAAGAAGUCCCUCGAAAACCAACUACAACUAAUGUCUACUCUGGAGGCAGAACUGGGAAAUGUGCAGAUUCAAAAGCGAGUCCUAGAAGACGAGCGGCGAUCAUGGUCCACCAUGCUUGAGUCGAAUAGCGAUUUUCCCGAUUUCGAUUCGCCGGAAGCAGUUGUCAAAGCACUUGUGGAGGAACGGAUCGAAAAAUUGACAUUGAUCGAUAAACUCGGCAGUGUUGAGCCGCAACUCUUGGAGAAAGACGAGAUCAUUCAGGGGCUCGAAACUGAGAAGCGGCAAUUCAAACAGGAGAUCGAGAAAUUACGAAGUGCCGCGUCUGCUCCCGGUGGUGCUUUGGAUACUCGUGCCAAAAUGAGACUGGAGCGUCAGCGAGCACUGGCUGUAAAGGAAGUGGAAUAUUUGCGCGCACAACUCAGGGCGUUUGACACGGAGGAGUUGACGAUGCACGAAGAGGGGAGUCAUUACGACGAGCAAAAGAAUCAGCAGAUCGAACAGCUAGAGAAACUUGUUGAUGAAUACCGAGUCGAAUUGCACAAAGUUCAUGAAGAUUUAUCGGCUCUUGAAAAGACCGCUUCGCAGGACGAAGAAGGCGCCGCUCUUACCGCAUCUCGAGGAUUAAAGAGGCCGCUAUCGCCAGCAGACAGCGACGCAGAGUCAGAGAGAAUAUCCGUUCUAUCUCGGAAAAAUCGCAUACUACAAGAAUCCCUCUCGAAAUCGGAACAAGCUGCCAAAGUUCUUCGUCAUGAAUUGGACGCCACCAAAUCCCACCUUUCCUCUCUACAAGAACAAUCUCGAACCCGAAUCCUAGAACUACGAGCAAACCCCACCGCUGAAGCCGAGAACCUGAAAAUGUCUACCUUGCGAACACUCCAGGCUGAGAAUCGCGACUUACUGGCUCAGCUACGCGGCGACAAUGCCAAGGUCGCCCGCGUGGUCCCCGUGAGUACACUGGACAGCCUAAAACUCGAAAUGCAAGAGAUGGAACGCACCGUGGCCGAGAAAGAGAAACGCAUGCGUCGCCUCAAAGAGAUCUGGGCCGCAAAAUCCUCCGAGUUCCGUGAAGCAGUCGCUUCAGUCCUAGGGUACAAACUCGAUUUUCUACCCAAUGGCCGCGUACGAGUAACAUCCAUGUUCCAUCUCUCUCCCGCCUAUCGCCACGGAGCCGGAUCAACCGCCUCAUCAGGACCGGGGAGCAUGGGUAACGGGGAAGAGAAUUCAAUAAUCUUUGACGGCGAGAACGGGACGAUGAAGAUAUCCGGUGGACCAAACAGUUUGUUUGCGCUCGAAAUCAAGCAUUUGAUUAAGUUUUGGGUUGAGGAGAGGAAGGAUAUCCCCUGUUUUCUGGCGGCGAUGACGUUGGAGUUUUAUGAUAAGACUACUAGGGCGGCGAGGGUUUGA